CCGCCCGCCCCGGCCCGCGCAGCCUCAACAGCAUGGGCAGCCUGACCUACAGAGACCAUCUGGAAGAUGACAAGAAUGCAGCGUUCACCUGGGAGGUGCAGGCCAACGUCCGAGCCUUCCAGAAACAGGUCAAGGACGGGGGCUUCCUGUACCGGCGGCGGAGGAAGUACAAGACCAACGUCAUCCACACGGCCAAGUACAACGUCUUCUCGUUCCUGCCGCUGAACCUGUACGAGCAGUUCCACCGCAUGUCCAACCUCUACUUCCUCCUUGUCAUCAUCUUGCAGAGCAUUCCCGAGAUAUCCACGCUGCCCUGGUUCACGCUGUUCGCCCCGCUGGUGUGCCUGCUGGUCAUCCGUGCCGGCCGUGACCUGGUGGAUGACAUCGGGCGGCACCGGAGCGACAGAGCCAUCAACAACAGGCCAUGCCAGAUCCUGCUGGGGAAGAGCUUUGUGUGGAAGAAGUGGAAGAACCUGCGUGUGGGGGACGUGGUGUGUCUCAGCUCGGACAGCAUCGUCCCUGCUGACUUGCUCCUGCUGGCCAGCACGGAGCCCAGCAGCUUGUGCUACGUGGAGACGGCCGACAUCGACGGGGAGACCAACCUGAAGUUCCGACAGGCCCCCAGCAUCACCCACCACGAGCUGACGGGCUUGAAGAAGAUGCUGUCCUUCCAGGGCAGGGUGUUGUGCGAGGCCCCCAACAGCCGUAUGCACCAGUUCGUGGGGCGCCUGGACUGGAACGGCAGGAAGUACCCGCUGGACAUCGGCAACAUCCUGCUCCGGGGCUGCAAGAUCCGCAACACGGACACCUGCUACGGCCUGGUCAUCUACGCGGGUUUUGACACGAAGAUCAUGAAGAAUUGUGGGAAGAUCCACUUGAAGAGGACCAAGCUGGACCUCCUGAUGAACAAGCUGGUGAUCAUGAUCUUCCUGGCGCUGCUGGUCAUCUCUCUGGGCCUGACCCUGGGCUUCUCCCUGACGGCCAGGGAGUUCCGAGAGAAGCACCACUACCUGGGGGCCGCUGCGCGCUGGGGCGGCGUGGCCGCUGAGUCCUUCCUCAUCUUUUGGGGCUUCCUCAUCCUGCUCAGCGUCAUGGUGCCCAUGGCCAUGUUCAUCAUAGCCGAAUUCAUCUACCUGGGGAACAGCGUCUUCAUCAACUGGGACGCGCAGAUGUACUACGAGCCGCAGGACAUGGCCGCCAAGGCCCGCAGCACGAGCCUCAACGACCAGCUGGGCCAGGUGGAGUACGUCUUCUCGGACAAGACGGGCACGCUCACGCAGAACGUGAUGACCUUCAAGAAGUGCUGCAUCGCCGGCCGCGUCUACGGUCCGGAUGACAAGGAUGGGGCCUUCCGCAAGGAAAACCCGUACCUGUGGAACAAAUUCGCGACCCGAAGGUUCUCCUUCUACAACGAGGAGCUGCUGGCCCUGGUGCGCGCCAACAAGGACGCGGUGGUGCGGGAGUUCUGGCGCGUGCUGGCCAUCUGCCACACGGUCAUGGUGCACGAGAAAGGCGGCCAGCUGGUGUACCAGGCGGCCUCCCCGGACGAGGAGGCACUGGUCACGGCGGCCCGGAACUUUGGCUACGUGUUCGUGGCGCGCACACAGGACACCAUCACGCUGCUGGAGCUGGGGGAGCAGCGGGUCUACCGGGUGCUGGCCAUGAUGGACUUCAACAGCACGCGCAAGCGGAUGUCGGUGCUGGUGCGGACCCCCGAGGGCUCCAUCUGUCUGUACACCAAGGGCGCGGACACCGUGAUCCUGGAACGGCUGCGCAGCAGGGGGGCGGUGGAGGUCACCACGGAGGAGGCCCUGUCCGCCUUCGCGGAGCAGACCCUGCGGACCCUGUGCCUGGCCUCCAAGGUGGUGGCCGAGGACGAGUACGAGGGGUGGCAGCGGGGCCACCAGGAGGCGUCCCUGCUGCUGCAGAACCGGGCGCAGGCCCUGCACCAGGUGUACAGCGAGAUGGAGCAGAACCUGCAGCUACUGGGUGUGACGGCCAUCGAGGACAGGCUGCAGGACGGCGUCCCCGACACCAUCCGCUGCCUGCGCAGGGGCAACAUCAGAGUGUGGGUGCUCACCGGGGACAAGCAAGAGACGGCGGUGAACAUCGGCUUUGCGUGCCAGCUGCUGUCGGAGAACACGCUGAUCCUGGAGGAGCAGGACAUCAACUCCAUCCUCGAGGCCUACUGGGAGAGUAACAACCACCUGCGGCCGUCCAAGAAGGGCUUCCUGCGGGCGCUGCCGCAGGCCAGGAUGGCCAUGGUGGUGAACGGGGACUUCCUGGACCAGCUGCUGCUGUCCCUGCGCAAGGAGCCGCACGCCCUGGUGCAGAACGUGGUCGUGGACGAGGCCUGGCCGGAGGCCGGCCAGGGCCGGAGGAACUUCCUGCAGUCCCGGCGCAUCUCCACGCUGUGGCGAACCCUGGGCACCCAGCGGGGCCCCGUGGCGCCCACGCGCGACGAGGCGGCGGCGGUGGCGGGGCCGGCGUGCCCCGAGAUGCUGCGGGAGCGCGCCUUCGUGGACCUGGCGUCGCGGUGCCAGGCGGUCAUCUGCUGCCGCGUGACCCCGAAGCAGAAGGCGUUGGUCGUGGCGCUGGUCAAGAAGUACCAGCAGGUGGUGACGCUGGCCAUCGGGGACGGCGCCAACGACGUGAACAUGAUCAAGACUGCGGACAUCGGCGUGGGGCUGGCGGGCCAGGAGGGCAUGCAGGCCGUGCAGAACAGCGACUACGUGCUGGCGCAGUUCCGCUUCCUGCAGCGCCUGCUGCUGGUGCACGGCCGCUGGUCCUACAUGCGCACCUGCAAGUUCCUGCGCUACUUCAUCUACAAGACGCUGGCCAGCAUGAUGGCGCAGGUCUGGUUCGCCUUCUACAGCGGCUUCACGGCGCAGCCGCUGUACGAAGGCUGGUUCCUGGCCCUCUUCAACCUGCUGUACAGCACCCUGCCUGUCCUCUACAUCGGACUCUUCGAGCAGGACGUGAGCGCCGAGCGCAGCCUGGGGAUGCCCGAGCUCUAUGUGGCCGGGCAGAGGGACGAGCUGUUCAACUAUGGCACCUUCCUGCAAGCGCUGGCCCACGGCACGGCCACCUCCCUGGUCAACUUCUUCGGGACGCUCUUCGCCAGCCGCGACCUGGCCGGGCCCUCCAGCCUGAGCGACCACCAGUCCUUCGCCGUUGUGGUGGCCCUGUCGGGACUGCUGUCCGUCACGGUGGAGGUGAUGCUGAUCAUCAAGUACUGGACGGUGCUGAGUGUGGUGGCCAUCGCGCUCAGCCUGGCGGCCUACGCCCUGCUCACCUGGGCCAGCCAGAGCUACCUGCUGUUCAGGGUCUCCCCGACCACCUUCCCGUUCCUGUACGCCGACCGCAACGUGCUGGCGCAGCCGUCCAUCCUGCUGGUGGUGCUGCUCAACGUGGCGCUCAACACGCUGCCCACGCUGGCCCUGCGCCUGGUCCUUCAGGAGCUGCAGAAGGCCCGCCGCAAGAAGGCAGAGGAGGACGCCCUGCGCGAGGAGAUCUUCACCGUGGAGCCCAUGCCCCACCUGCGCCGCGAGUCCCGGGGCCGGCGCUCCAGCUAUGCCUUCUCCCACCGCGAGGGCUACGCCAACCUCAUCACCCAGGGCACCAGCCUGAGGAGGGCCCCGGGGGACAACGGGCUGCCCUACGACGCGGUGGCCAGUGACCAGCCGCCCGAGACCCCCCCAGGGGCCGCCUGGCCCCCCAGGGAGCCGUCCAUCCCGGACACGGACACGCCGCCGCUGGGCGGGGCGGCCGUGCAGGACGUGCCCCCGCCCUCCCUGAGCUCGUUCGAGACGCUGGACGAGGGGUCCGCGGCCGGCUCGGAGUCCCAGGCCGGCGCCUCCGCCGUGCGCUCCUGGUCCACCCAGGACCGCGGCCCGAGGGCCCGGGAGAGGUCCCCGUCGCCCCAGCAGCGGCGGGCUCCCCUCGGGGAGGCGCUGGCCCCUUCCCUGCCCACGGAGAGCAGCGGGUCGCGGCUCUCGGCGCUCUCCAGCGUGCCGGACAGCGGGCGGGCCUCGCCGGAGUCGGGCUCCUGGUUCUGGAGGAACCCGCUCGUGUUCUGGAAGAGCCGGCAGGUGGCGUGGCUCGGGAACGCGCGCGAGGACGCGGAGCCGCCGCCCGCCGGCCCGGGCGAGCCCCCCGCGGGCGGGCAGCCCAUGGAGGUGGAGCCGUGGCCCGUGGAGAGGCAGCCGUCGCCCAUGGAGUGGCUGCCGGUGCCCGCCGACGACCAGCCCGCCGACGACCUCUCGCGGCCGCCACUGCCCCUCGACGGGCAGGCGCCCUGCAGCUGCCAGCCCGCGGGCCGCAGGCCGCCCUCAAACGACAGGGGCUCCGCGCCUUUCCCGUUUGCUAAUAAACCAGGCUCGGCCUGA